AAAGCGGUGGGGGGGAGAGGCUAGGGGCGGGGCCUGGGGGCGGAGCCUCCCUCUCCGGCUCUCGAAACUGCGUCCCCAGCGAGAGAGAGAGACUCCGAGGAGCCAGCGGUGCCUUUGGCCCAGACGCCGCCUCUCCUGCAGCCAGCGGCAUCAUGGAGCCCCCGGGCCCGGGCCGGGCCUCCAGCCCCCGUACCCUCCCCGUCCCCGGCCGGGCCCUGCACCUCCUGCUCCUGGCGCUGCUACUCGGGGGAGCCCCAGGUGCCCAGACUGAGACACAAGUGUCAGCACCCCGCUUGGUGGAAGUCAUGAAAGGGGAGCCAGUGACCCUGAACUGCUCUCUCUCUGGGGCUGGAGGCAAAGAACACUUAGCACUGCAGUGGCUUGUUACAGAUCGCUGGGGAAACACCUCUCCCCUGGUCUUUGCCGUGGGAAGAAUGGGAGCUCUGAAGAGAAGUGGGGACCCCAGGGUAAAGCCAAGCAUGCCCUUUCAACUGCAUCCCAACGGGUCCCUGCAACUGCUCUCUGCUGAGAUGGGGGACGAGCGGGACUACACGUGCCAAAUCCUCAAUGGGACAGCAGAAAAGGCACAGGCCACCAGCCACCUCCGAGUCUUAGUGGCCCCCGAGCCUCCUGAGGUCAUACCCAACAAGGGAACGAUUUCAGUGGUUGACGAUAAAGCUCAUGAGAUAGCCACCUGUACCAGCCGAAAUGCCAAUCCUGCCCCCAACAUCACUUGGUACCGGGAUGGGGAGGCCCUGGAGAUCCCCACGGAGCUGAACGGGGAGCUAUAUGCUGUGAGCCGCACUGUCCGAGAGGCCUCUGGGCUCCACUCCCUCACCAGCAUCCUCUACCUUCGGCCCAAGAAGGCCGAUCGUGAUGUCGCCUUCCACUGCAGGGCCACCUACCAUCUGCCCAAUGGCCAGCAGGGCCAGCAAGAUGCCGCACCCUUCUAUCUCACGCUGCACUACCCUACAGAGAACGUACAGUUCUGGGUGGCCAGCCCAGCAGCCCCUGGAGGCUGGGUCCGCGAGGGGGACACCGUCAGCCUGCUUUGUCGAGGAGACGGCAACCCAACCCCUGAGUACAUCUUCACCCUGAAGCAGGGAAAGAAAGAAGAAAAGUCACUAGAGACCAAUACAAAUGGCACGCUGACACUUGGGAGAAUCUCCCGGGACCAGAGCGGCCUCUACCAGUGUGAGGUAGCCGAUUUUGAUGCCGAUCCCGAGGUGGAGCUGACCCAGAAGUUGGAGAUCCAUGUGGGAUACCUGGACCCCCUGGAGCUGAGCCCUGGGGAGAAUGUGACAUUGUCCUUAGGGGACACCACGGAGCUGGGCUGCUUGGCCUCUGGGGACCCAACCCCCAAAGUCCUCUGGAUGAAGGAUUCCAUCCCCCUGGACCAGGGUCCCCACUUCACUCUCACCAACGUCUCCUUCAACUCAGCUGGUAUCUAUACCUGUGAGGCCUCAGUGCCCAAGCUGCCUGGGCUCACCAGGUCCCGGACCCUGCAGCUGCUUGUGCAGGGUGGACCAGAGCUGAAGCCAGAGGAGAUGCGGCCUCAGGGCAGCAGUGGCUGGACAGAAGGGGAUGAGGUGACCCUAACCUGCUCUGCCCGGGGACACCCAACACCAAAGCUGAGCUGGAAUCAUGAAGGGGAACCAGUAAACAGAAUCAUCAGUGGCUGGGUUCAGAGCUCACUGAAACUGAAGGUGAUGGGGACUGUGGCCAGGGAGGGGGUCACCUGCACGGCCUCCAACCACCUGGGUCAUGACCAGCAUACCUUUCACUUUGAGGCAGUGGCCUCGCAGGCCCCCCAGGCAGGGGUGGCCGUGAUGGCGGCUGCAGUCAGCGUGGGGCUGCUCCUUCUGGUCGUAGCUCUUUUCUACUGCAUGCGUCGGAAGGGCCGGUGCUGUCGUAGCCGGGAGAAGGUGCCCCCGCUGCCCCCUGAGCCGGAGCCGAGCCGUCCUGGCAUGGAUCGCCCAGAGCAGACAGGCCUACUGUCAGGAGGUGGAGGAGGGGGCGGCAGCCGAGGAGGCCAUAGCUUUGGGGAUGAGUGCUGAGCCUCAGGACUCUGAUGCGUCCUCAAUCCCGCCUUCAGUCUUUCACCAGACUCAGAGAAAGCUGUUUGCAGGUGGUGGGAGCAGGGGAGUACCCUCUAUCUGGUCCCAGCCACCCCUUCCCCCACCGCUUCCUUCCCCUGCCUGAGACUUGGGAUAUGGGAUAGCGCCUAGGCUGGCCCGCCCUUCAGAGAUGAGAAUCUCCUUCCCCCAGCCCCUGAAAUAUCCCUUGGCUUCUGGCCUGGGGCCUGGCCCUGGGGGGAGGGGGUCAGUGGAGGGAGCUAUUUAUACCAGCCUCUGAGGUCUACUCUCCCUCCUUCUACUCUAUAGUCUGACACUGGAUCCCUGCCCACCCCCUCACCCUUCCUUCACCUUGGUCAAAAACACUGGAGACUAAAUAAAGACCGUCCAACAGCCCACCCA